CGCAGUGGCGCACACGCACGGGAAGAAAGCAGUCUUCCGAGUCGCCAUGACGCAACUGUAGGAAACUUUUUUUUCUCCUUUUUUUUCCACGGUGAACGGAAAUCUAUCGUGGACAAUCUUAUUUCACCGAGACGAACUCUUUGUUUUUCUCUCCCCCCCCCCGGCCCACCGCCCCGUGUCCGACCGGCCGCCGCGCAAACCGGGUGUGAUGCCCGCCGGGAUGUUCAGCAUAGACAGCAUCCUGUCCGGCCGGCCGAGCUGCAAGGAGCCGCUGCUGCUGCACCGGAGCGGCCCCGUGGUGCUGUCCGCCGGCCUCGCGGAUUCUAUCUACACCGACUACAACGGACUGUACUCGGCCACGUGCGCCCCGCCCGGACUUCAGUCCGUGAGCGGGACCCGGAUGGGAUAUAGCGGCUACUACUACGGACAGCUGCAGAUGCCCGGCGCCGGAGCGGGACCGCCGUGCUGCGGCUCCGUGCCCGGCCUCAGCCCGCAGCAGUGCCCCUGCAUCCCCACAGGCUACGACAGCGCCGGCUCGGUGCUGCUCUCCCCGGUCCCGCACCAGAUGAUGUCCUACAUGAACAUGGGCAGCCUGUCGCGCACCGAGCUGCAGCUCCUCAACCAGCUGCACUGCCGCAGGAAGCGGCGGCACCGCACCAUCUUCACCGACGAGCAGCUCGAGGCCCUGGAGGGCCUCUUCCAGGAGACCAAGUACCCGGACGUCGGCACCCGGGAGCAGCUGGCGCGCAAGGUCCACCUCCGGGAGGAGAAGGUCGAGGUUUGGUUCAAAAACAGACGCGCGAAGUGGAGGAGGCAGAAACGCUCCUCGUCCGAGGAAUCAGAGAACUGUCCGAAAUGGAGCAAAUCGACCAAAACGUCCCCGGAGAAGCCCGAGCAGAGCAAAAGCGAGGUGGACUCGGACAGCUGAUGGCGCCGUGACCCAACGCGGCGCGUGUGUACAUAUUCGUGAUGUGGACUCGACUACAUGCUGGCGCUGUGAUGGAAACGUGUUGCCAUGUUGCACAGUUGUACAUAUAUACAUUUUGUUAUUGGUUUUUUGUUUUCUGUUUUCGCUAUUUAUAUAUAAUUUAAAGUUUUGAAUUUGUUGUUUUUUGGAUGUUACGCGCGCCAGGGGAUGUGGCCGCACAGUGGGUCGACGUGUCGGAUUAUAUCGUUAUGUUAAAUGUGACAUUUUUAUGGAUAUUAAAUGUUGUAAUUCUGUUUUUUGUUUGAUUCCGUUGUAACGUAGUUCGUUGCGCCCAGCUGUCCGCGGCAUGUGGAGAAUAUCUGGAGAACACGUGGAACAUACCGAUGUGUCGUCAUUUUAUUUUACAAAAACGAGAAAAUCUACUUAAGAAGACAACGACUUAUAGACCUACAUUAAAAAAUAUAUUAAUGAGACGUCCAAAAAAAUGUGUCUGAUUUUUUAAUAAUGUCAUUUUGGUUUGGUUUUAAAAUAGGACUGGCGGGGCAUUAAAAAUACAAACCAUGUACCUUUUAAAUAAAAGACAAUCUCCAAUCCGAGCAAGAAAUCCUGAGAUUUCAAAUGUUUACAUAUUCAGCAAAUUAUAGGGCUGCAAGUAUGAGAUCUGCAGCUAUAUUCCUUCGUAAUGUGUUGUUGAGUUAUAUUCUCCUAAAAACGGAAACUUCUUUCAAAACUGACUUGUUGGUCAUUUUAUUUAUUCCAGUAUUCUGAGGCACAUUGUAUAAACCCAGGAUCUAAACAACAUAAAUGCUUUUUUUUUUUUUUACAUCAAGAGCAGACAAUAGAAAUAAACCAAAACAACCAAAACAGAUAUCUCACAAAUUUAAGGAAAUUAUUAAAAACUAAAAUCCAUGAAAGUGGUUCAAUAUUUCCCUGCUGACAAUUUACCUCCUUGCUCAAUGUUCAAUGCAACUGAAAAGCUAACAUGAUAAAUAAAAUUCAAAAUAUUGCCUGUAUGGUCAGA